AUGAGAAAAUUACGUAAGUUUGUUGUUAAAAAUGCUUUCAAGGGGUUUCUUCCGAAAUCUACGGAUUUUGAAAUUGUGAAAGAAUAUAUCAUACCAAUUAAAACAGGUGAAUUUCUUGUCAAGGCAGCAUACAUCAGCGUCGAUCCUUAUAUGCGCUCUUUUGCCAACGAUCUAGAAGUGCCCUACGAUCAGUUUGGCUUUCAAGUGGGUAAAAUUAUUGAAAGCAAAAAUUCUGAUUUCCCCGUCGACACUCAUGUAGUAUCACAUUCAGGUUGGCGCGAUUACGUUGUCUUAGACGGUAGCGAGGAUGAAAUGUUUGCUAUGAGGCCGUAUAAGCCAGAAAUUGGAAAUUUGCCAUUAUCUUUGUCUGUCGGAGUUCUUGGCAUGCCUGGAAUUACGGCUUACUUGGGUCUACUAGAAAUUUGCAAGCCCAAACAUGGCGAAAUAAAUGUAUAA